AGUUUUUCUACCCACCCACCCCUACAUUGCGCUUGCAUCGCAUGAAAUACGAUUGGUAAUAGACCUACUUAUGAUACGGUACCUGCCUACCUACCUACCUAGGUAUCUACCUAAUCUAUCUUGAUCAUACUAUUACUAUUAUUUCCUAUAUUAUAGCUGGUGUCCUAUCUUCCUAUUUACAUCGCGGUUGUUGUCUUAGGUAGUCCUUCAUAUCCAGCAUAUUCCUCUCUCUAUCACCAUCACCAUGACACGAAUAAUCUUAUCUACGGGCAACGUCAUCCUGGACGGCCCCUCUAUCAUUCGGAAACCAGGCAAUUAUCGGUCCAAUCUCGAACUUACAAAUUCCCUCCGAAGUAACUUUUCGGCUGCGCAAAAAGAAUACGCCUCCAUACUUCAUAACGGCAAUGGCCACGCUUCUCAUCCUGGGCAAAACGGAUACAGCAGCCGACCAGCGCCAGAGGUGUGGACAGAAAGGGAAGAUUCUACUUUGUAUGUGCCCCGCAUCGACUGGGAGUCAGCCGGGCUACAGGAGGAUCGCUCGCAAUACGAGAUUACCGUCAAGUUAUUCUUUCUACCGACAGCACCUCCCGAGAAGAGAAUGGAUUAUAUUAAAGAAGCAUUACGAUUGGUUAAGAAAGAACUAGGCGUAAACGACGUCGACCUUCUCAUAGCCUCGUUCCCUGGCUUAGCGUUUGAGGGAGACUGUGAAUGGGAAGCCGACAGAAAGAAUGCGACAAUGGGCAAUGACGAAGAAGAGGUGAAUACGUGGGGUUUGCUAGAAAAAUUGUAUAACCAGGGCCAGAUCAAACAACUCGGGAUUGCCGAAUUCGGCACCGACAAGCUAAAGAGGUUUCUAGACAAGGUCAAAGUUCGGCCUGCCGUUAACCAGAUCAAUAUCAGGAAUUGCUGCAACGUACCUCCGCCUCUGGCAAAACUUGCCAAGGACGAAGGCAUCGAAUUGUACACACAUCACGAUUCUACAGAUAUCCUACCCAGCGGCACCUUGCGGGAGCUUCUUGGCCAAGGACCGGAGGGCGCUGGCGUCCUGGCAGACGGCGAACCUAGUAGUAGCGGGCUCAAAGGGGAGAUCAUCCCCGAGUGGGUUGUCAAGUAUACGGCGUUUGUCAAGGACCGUGGAGUAAUCGAGAAUAAAGGCUACUUUGCGAGCGCAGAGACGGUAGAGGAGGCAUGAGGCAUGAGGCGGGCUCAGCGUUCUAUCUAUUCCUUACGCAUAUUUCGGUAACAAUAGCAUUUGGUGGUUAGGGACUGCCAGCAUUAGA